AAGCUUCUUUUUUAAUCUUUUCCCUUUUAUUAUUAUUGUUGAAGGCUCGAUCGUUUUCUUCUUCACAAACAAAAACCUAAAUUCAAUAUAAAACUCUGUACGCAACCUCUAUGUCAAUGGCGUCUCUGGCCCCGAUCUCCCAAUGCCACACUCUUCUUCGAAAACCCAGUUCUAAACUCAAUUUGUCUUCCAGUUUUAUCCCCAGGGAUUUGCCGUUUUCGAAAACCCAGUCUUUUGAACUUCCUAGGAUGGCUUCUAAGAGCUACAUCGUGUCGGCCUCCACGAAGGAGAUGUCCCGGAAGAGGUACCCUGGAGAGGCUAAAGGGUUUGUGGAAGAGAUGAGAUUCGUGGCUAUGAAACUGCAUACCAAAGAGCAAGCAAAGGAAGGAGAAAAGGAAGUCAAACAGCCCGAAGAACGUUCCGUGCGGCAAUGGGAACCCACCGUUGAUGGCUACUUGAAGUUCCUUGUGGAUAGCAAAUUGGUCUAUGAAACGCUUGAAAGUAUUGUUGAUAAGGCCGCUUUCCCUAUUUAUGCCGAAUUCAAAAACAAUGGAUUGGAAAGGUUUGAAAAAUUGGCGAACGACUUAAAAUGGUUCGAAGAGCAAGGCUAUGGCAUUCCAGGACCAUCUUCUCCUGGUGUUACCUAUGCAGAGUAUCUUAAACAAGUAUCUGAGAACGAUCCUCAAGCCUUCAUAUGCCAUUUCUACAACACAUAUUUUGCUCACUCCGCCGGUGGUCGGAUGAUUGGGAAGAAGGUAGCUGAGAAGUUACUCAACAACAAGGAGUUGGAAUUUUAUAAAUGGGAUGGUGACCUUUCCCAACUGUUGCAACAUGUCCGGGAUAAACUGAACAAAGUUUCCGAGAGCUGGACAAGAGAGGAGAAGAACCAUUGUUUGAACGAAACCGAGAAGUCGUUCAAGCAUUCCGGGGAGAUUCUUCGUCUGAUAUUGUCAUAGUGUACAUGUCUGUAUCGUCUUCUGUAAAAAUACCGGCGCAAGCCGAAUUAUGUAUGAACCAGAUUACCAUUGUCUAUAUCACAAGCUAAACAAAUUUAUAAUUAUGAAUGGAAGUGUUUGAUAGUAUUAUGAAUCCA